AUGACAGGGUAUUGCCCCUUUGGGAACAAAUGCCAUUUUGCUCAUGGUGCCACAGAGUUGCACAGAUAUGGAGGGGGGCUUAUGGAGGGAGAGAGCAGAGAUGCUGCUUCUGUGGUUGGCAGUGACACAAAUAAGGGAGUGGCUUCAAAAGCUUCUGCCGAUAAUGUGGUUGCAGCGGUUACUCCGGUUGCUCAUUCUGAUGUGUAUCAUAUUGGAGUCCCUUCACAAAGGCCUUCUUCCAUUGUGAUUCAGAGGCCAGGGCAGAGAACUCAUCAGAAGUGGAAAGGUCCAGAUAAAAUCAGUAGGAUAUAUGGUGAUUGGAUCGAUGACAUCGAAUAG